AUGCUGAGGGGUUUUGGGGUACUCGGGUGCAUUCCCGUGCCGUUUUUCGUUCCCUGUUCCCUCCCCUCGUUCCGUGCCCCAGGCCCGCGCUGGCGGCAGCUCGGGGGGGCGCUGCUGGGGGCGGGGCUGGCGCUGCUCACCUGCGGCCCCCACGCGCUGCACUCGCUGGGCACCACGCUGGGCACCUGGGCCCUGCUCGCCUGCCUGCCCCGGAUGGCCAGCCUGGCCAGCGACACGCAGGAGCUGCGAGAGGCGGAGCUGAAGGGGGUGACGUCAGAGGAGACACGGCUGCUGAUUGGCUCGCUGCGGCGCGUGCCCAGCCUGAUUGACAUCCUGUGCUACAGCUACUGCUACCUGGGGCUGCUGACAGGUGGGCGGGGCCUAAAGGGGCGGGGCCAAGGGACAGCUGGGGGGGGUCCUGUGGGCCCCGACUUCGCGGCGCGGCCGUGGGCGGCGCGGCUGGCGCUGAUGGUGCCCGUGUUCCUGGCGCUGCGCCUGCGCCUCUACGUGGGCUGGCUCUGCGCCGAGGCCGGCUGCGUGGCCGCGGGGCUGGGCGCGUACCCCAAAACUGCCCGGGCCAGGCCGGGACAGGGACCUACAGUGCGCUGGGAGCGCCCCAAAACGAGCACGGAGCUCCCCGAGGAUCAGUGGGAUUUCGAGGCCAUCCGCACCGUGGACCCCUGGGGCACCGAGGUGGGCCGGCGCUUCCGGGGGGGGCUGCGGCGCUGGAACAUGACGGUGCAGUGGUGGCUGGCGGCCUACGUGCACCGCCGGGGCCCCCGCCAGUACCCCCUGCUCAGGAACGCCUGGACCAUGCUGGCCUCAGCCUACUGGCACGGGCUGCACGGCGGGCAGUACCUGUCCUUCCUGACGGUGCCGCUGUGGCUGGCGGCCGAGGCGGCGGCCGAGGAGGCGCUGCGCCGCCAUUUCGGGGUGCCCCUGGAGCGCCUGGGCGGCUGGAAGGGCUCGGCGCUCAGGGCGGCGCAGUGGUUCCUCAAGAUGAGGGCGUUCGAGUACCUCAGCAUGGGCUUCGUGCUGCGGGAGGCGGCGGCCACGCUGCGCUUCUGGGCCUCGGUGCACUUCUGCCUCCACAUCGUGCCCCUGCUCAUUCUCCUCGCGGCGGCGGCGGCGGGACGGGGCGGGAAGGGGCGGGAAGAGCAGCCUGAGGGGAGGGGAAAAGGGCGGGAAGAUGGGACCCCCGAGUGUCCGAAGUAA